AAGUAGAAACCCAUUUUAGGGACGCCAACGCAUUUCUCUCUCUUUUUAUGACGCCAGUUGCCUUACUCUGUGGGACACCCGUUUGCUUAAGAUUUUUUUUUCUCUCUCUCUGGUUUGGUGGCGACGAAGAAAGAGCAUUGAUCCGUGUUGAAAAAGGGGCAAAGGCAUCAGAGGAAAAUUUGAUUUGGAACCAGAAUUUCGCUUUUCACAUUUUGGUGGAGUAGGGUUUUGGUUGUGGUCGCUGGGCUUUUAUUAGUAAGAGGUUUAUAAGUAUGAGAACUUCAUGGGCAGAUUCUGUGGCCAACUCUGCAUCUGAAAAUGCAGCCACUGGUUCUUCCGAAAGCAAUGGCUUGAAACGGCCUACCAGAUCAACCUAUGUCCCACCCCAUCUCCGUAAUAGGCAACCUUCUUCAUCAGAUCACCCACCUCCAGUACACAUUGCUCCUUCACCAGCCAAUGAUCGGGUUGGAUAUGGUGGACCCCCAACUGGGUCGCGCUGGGGUGGAGGUUCUAGGCCUGAUUUCGGACGUGUGGGAGAUAAUGGAUCCAGCGGUGGACGAGGCGGUGGUGGAUGGAGCAGUAGAGGUGGGGGGAGGGAGCGGGAGGUGAACCCUUUUGCUGAUGAUGACAAUACAGAGGAGGCGUUUAGUGAGCAAGAAAACACGGGUAUUAACUUUGAGGCUUAUGAUGAUAUCCCGGUGGAGACGAGUGGGGACAAUGUGCCACCGGCUGUGAAUACGUUUGCGGAGAUAGACUUGGGGGAGGCAUUGAAUCUAAAUAUUCGGAGGUGCAAGUAUGUGAAACCAACUCCUGUUCAACGUUAUGCUAUACCAAUUUCUCUUGCGGGACGGGAUUUGAUGGCUUGUGCUCAGACAGGGUCAGGGAAGACUGCUGCCUUUUGCUUUCCAAUCAUCAGUGGAAUCAUGCAGGGGCAGUAUGUUCAGAGACCACAACGAGGAGCACGUACUGUGUACCCUCUUGCUCUAAUUCUUUCCCCUACAAGGGAGCUAUCAUGCCAGAUCCAUGACGAAGCAAAAAAGUUUUCCUAUCAAACUGGUGUCAAGGUGGUCGUUGCUUAUGGAGGAGCUCCAAUCAACCAACAGUUGCGAGAGCUUGAGAGAGGAGUUGAUAUUCUUGUGGCAACCCCGGGACGAUUGGUUGAUUUGCUUGAGAGGGCUAGAGUGUCAUUGCAGAUGAUCAGAUAUCUGGCACUUGAUGAGGCAGAUCGGAUGCUGGAUAUGGGUUUUGAGCCACAAAUCCGAAAGAUAGUGGAGCAAAUGGACAUGCCUCCAGCAGGUGAAAGACAAACAUUGCUGUUUAGCGCCACCUUUCCUAAAGAGAUACAGAGACUGGCAUCUGAUUUUCUUUCAAAUUACAUAUUUUUGGCGGUUGGAAGGGUUGGUUCAAGUACUGAUUUGAUUGUUCAAAGAGUUGAAUUUGUUCAUGAAUCUGACAAGAGAAGCCAUCUUAUGGACCUUCUUCAUGCUCAGAGGGAAAAUGGAGCUCAUGGCAAGCAAUCUUUGACAUUAGUUUUUGUGGAGACAAAGAAGGGAGCCGACUCACUGGAGCAUUGGUUGUGUCUUAAUGGGUUUCCUGCAACUACCAUUCAUGGCGAUAGAUCACAACAGGAAAGAGAACAUGCAUUGAGAUUGUUCAAGAGUGGAAAGGCACCAAUUUUAGUGGCAACAGAUGUGGCAGCACGUGGUCUUGAUAUUCCUCAUGUUGCUCAUGUGGUCAACUUUGAUCUGCCCAAUGACAUUGAUGAUUACGUUCACCGGAUAGGACGGACGGGGCGAGCUGGCAAAACUGGAUUGGCAACGGCCUUCUUUAACGAGAAUAAUUUGUCAAUGGCAAGGCCACUAGCUGAUCUAAUGCAAGAAGCAAAUCAGGAAGUACCUCAAUGGCUUACACGUUAUGCAUCAAGGGCUUCCUAUGGUGGUGGAGGCGGUGGCAGAAAUCGGCGGUCUGGAGGAGGCCGUUUUGGUGGCCGUGAUUUUAGGAGGGAUGGUUCAUUUAAUAGGGCUACAGAUCACUAUGGUGGAGCAAAUAGUAGCAGUGGAUAUGGGUAUUCUGGUGGUUAUGGUGGGGGGUAUGGUCAAGGUGUGACCAGUGCUUGGGAUUAGUGUCCUGCUGUAUGCUGAAAAUUGUUCUCCCUAGUUUGCUCACAGUAUAUAUAUUUUUUUUUCCAGAAGUCAAGGAUUGUUGUAUUCUCUUUUUCA